AUGGAUUUACACACUUUCUGGAACGAAACAACCGCGCACAAUGAGACUGACGUGCAUACAAUGUUUUUUAUUUUUAACUGCAUAGUCUUAACUUUAACAUUGGUUUUGGGAACACCCGGAAACUUGUGGGUUUGUUGGGUAGUUUACAGGACCAAGAGCCUACAGACUUUUAAUAACGCGCUGCUGGUCAGCUUGGCGGUCAGUGACCUCCUGAAAUGCUCAGUGGACACCCCUCUGCUGCUCUUUUGUCUGCAGUACGGGAAGAGCAGCCAGGUGUCUGUGUCGGUGUGCACCCUGCAGCAGUUCACCUAUGCCCUGUGCAGCUGCGUCCAGCUGCUCACGCUGGUCAGCAUCAGCGUUGAGCGCUACCAAGCCAUCGCGUUUCCUUUCCAAACCGAGAGGAGGAAAGCCAGGGUCCGGCUGUGGAUCCUGUCCAUCUGGGCAUGCGGCCUCCUGCUGGCUAUAAUCUCUCUGAUCCUUUCCAAAGAUGCGCUGUUUUGCAUGCUGUGCCGUCGGAACCACGGGGAUAAUGGGGACGAGUGGCUUCAAAAUGCGGAUCCAUUUGGCCCCUACGUGCUGGUUCCCGUAUGGGGGUUGUCUCUUACUGUGAUUGUUAUCCACUACAUCCGGAUAUUCACAGUUGUAAGGCAGCACCGAAAGAAAGUGUUCAGUCAGGGAAUCCAGCUGAGGCCAACAGUGUCAAAACACGUGUGGCUGGAUGUCCCGGCCCCGGUACCACGGACAGUUCCGCCGGGCUUCUUCAGCCCUCUGCCCCCCCGCCACACGGUGCUCCUGGUGGCCGAAGCAAGGGCUCCCUGUGCGGGCUCGUCCACAGAAGGCGCCCCAGGGAGACUUCCGGAGAUCGUGGGGGCAGUGUGUCUCCUGACACCCGGGGCCAGGGAGCGUAGGAAGAAAAAGAUGGAGGGGAAACUGGCUCAGCGUUUUGGGUACAUAAUCAUUGCGUUCACACUUUUCUGGAUGCCCAUGCUGGUUAUUUUGCUUAUGAACGUCGUCUCGUGGCAGGAUGCGGACAAAUUGAUGAUGGAGCUGGAGACAUCAGCGAUGGUGCUGACCUGUGUGCAGGCUGCAGUGGAUCCCCUCAUCUACACUUUAGUCACCAGACAGUUUCGCUCUGAACUCAGCAAGAUCCUCUCCUCCAUCCCAAGGUGUCCCCAAAAACAGAGGGCCUGAAGAUGUAAUCCUUUAUGAACAUUGUGGUCACAUGUAUU